AUGAGAGGAUAUAUUGAAUUGCAAGUUCGACGCGAAAAUGCUCGUUUAGUGAUCCCGGAUUCUCAAGAUUCAAAAACAGUUGGUCCUGUCAUCGGUUAUGCUCAAGAACCACUUCUCCCGCUUGCCGAUGCAUGCAGACCGUUGGUUCCUAUUAUCUUUAAUAUACUGGUGUAUGUCUCGAAUGCUCUGGAACACACUCCAGAUAAUCCAUCAGAUGGUCUGACAAGUGAUGAAUCAGCUUCGAUUUAUCUCUACACAAUGGAGUGGAGUGGUGGACAUCGAAGUCUCUAUUCCAUUCUCAAUGAAACACUCCGAACAGCUGAUCGUAAACAAUUAAAACCGUGGUUCAAAGAUUUCGGCUUCCUUCAAGAUUCAUUAUUAACUUUGUAA